AUGAACGGCCUUGAUUCGAAGUCGGAGUCGGAUUCUCACCUCGCCGCCAAUUGCCGAGUUAGUUUGUGUCGGUCGCUGCAGGAGUGGGCUUUACAGGGCAAGCAGAGAGAAGCCGCCGCUCUCAACGAGUCGCGCGUGGCGGAGGACGCGGCGGCGGCGCCCGCGGCUAUGGCGGGGACGCCGGUGAUGGGGUCCUUGGGCGACGCGCGCGAGCCGCCAGCGGCGGCGCAGAACGCGGAGCGACUGCGAGUGCAGCAUGACGUGGCGCUGCUGUGCUCGGAGCCGUGGCAGCGCGCCGUGCAGGGCGGCGUGGACGAGAGCGCGUGGCUGCAGAGCGCGCAGCGGCACGGCUACACGAGCGCGGAUCGGAUCGCGCGCGGAAUGGAGUCCGUGUGUCGCCGCCUGCGCCGCGUGCAGAGCAGCCUGCUCGCCCGUGGCAGCACGUGCCGGCACUGGCCCGAGCCGUGCUGGCCCGCGCCUGGUGUGCCCUUCUCCCGCAGUGCGUUGCGGUGGCUGGACCUGCGCAUGCGGAGGCGGUACCUGGUGUUCGCCAUGUCGGAGGAGCAGCUCAGCAACGCGCGCUCGCACCUCGUGGAGGCGGCGCGCGUUGCGCGCAUGGCCAACCGCGUGCUCGUGCUGCCGCUGCCCCUACCCCACCGUCAUCCACCUCCCAGGGAUGUCACAGCCAGUCCAAUUUCUCACACCCCAAAUUCUUCCUCUCUAUUUCCCCUCCCCCUCCCCCGCCUUCCUCUCCCCCCUUCUCCUCUUUUUCCCUUCCCCUUUCCCCUUCCCCCUUCCCCUUCCCCCCUCCUCUCCCCUCUUCCCCUCCUCCGCUCCCCUUUCUCAUCCCCCCCACCCACUUCCCCCUGCCCCAUGCUCGUGGGUGCAACCCAGGGGAGUCGCAGCCAGAUAGACCUCUCGCACCCGCUGCCGCUCUGCUCCUACUGGGAUCUCACGCCCUUGGAUGCGGCGCCCUGGAUAUCACCGGAGCUCUUCCUGCUGCUGGCGCGCGCAGCUCUCAAGGACCCCUCAGUGGGCUUCACCUGGGUCACAUCGCCCUACCUCAACCGCAAUCCCUUCGACUGGGGUCCGUUGCCGCAUGCUUUUCUGCGAUGUGCUUGGGGCCACGCCUUACCUCCCCCACAAAUGCUCUUAUGUGCGCUGCUGGCAGUGCGUGCGCUGCUGGCAGUGCGUGUGGUGCUGGCAGUGCGUGUGGUGCUGGCAGUAUCUGCACUGCUGGCAAAACGUGCGCUGAUGGCAGUGCGUGCAUUGCUUGUUGCUGCAGUGUGUGUGCGAAGCUUGCCGCUGCACCUGCAACCCCAUGGCAGCUUCAAGACCACGCACAGGAGGGAUAAGGACGUGGUGCUGUGGUUCAAGACCACGUGGGAGCGCGUGUCCUUUAAGCCACACACGGACGACAUAGCGCUGCAGCAGCUGCCGUACAAGCACGAGUGGCACUACCUCGCUGCACGCAUAGUGGAGCAUCUCCCCAAGCCCUUCCUGGCGGUGCACUUCCGCUCCGAGUUCAUCGCCUUCAGAGUGAUGUCGGACAACCAGCUGCUCCCAAACGGGCACAGCAACGCAACGAUGCUGAAGCAGCAGAUGCAGUGGUGCACGGAGAGCGCCGUGCAGCACAUCAACAAGGUCAAGCAGCAGCACAACAUAACCGCUGUCUUCAUAGCCGCCGAUGUGCCGUACAAUGCGUCUAGUGCGCCGUCACGGUCGAGCUCCUGGGGGUAUAUGGAGUGGCUGUUUGAAACGCCUGUUACCGGCAUGGCAGCGCAGCAGCUGCACUGGCUGCGGUCGCACGUGAGCGGCACAGUUAUGAUUGAUGAGCUUAUUCCCGCUCUCAACUCGUACGAUCCCGGUGAGUAG